UUAAACCAUAGUAAUUUUCUCAUAUCCAUUCUGACCAUUUCACACACUUUUCUGUGUUUGUGUUCAUCAAAUGAAAAAAAACCCAUAUCUUAGUUAAAACAGCAUGACUUAUGUGUCCAUAAGUUUCACACCUGCCUCCACUGUACUGUUCCUUUAAGUGACAUCGCUCAGAGGAAAUGACAUCAUUUAAGAGUUUGAAGAGUUUUGAUUUUCUUUUGAAACAUUUUUUGGUACAUUUUUCUUUCAAAACCUUCUCCGUCAAGCAUAACACAUCCACCCUGUCACUCAAAAAACAUUUUUUAAUGAAAUACAUAUAUGUAUUUACAUAUGCUUUUUUAUUUUGCUGCAUGCUAAGUGUAGUGUUAGCUUUGACCAGAGAGGGAAUUUAUAUUACUUUGAAUCUUUCCAGUUGCAGGCUUUAAAAAAAAAAAAAAAGAAAGAAAAAAAGUGCCUGAGUUUGCAAAAUAUGUUUUAUGGCAGGUCUAACUGCAGGGGUGGAUUUGGCUAUUUGGGGCCUCAGGCAAACACAGUCCUGCCCUCAUUAAUAAUAAUGCAUUAUAUUUGAAUUGUUAUAUUUUCUGAACAAAAACUGAAUCUUCAACAUAACCAGUAAUAUUUAUCUGUCAGGUAAAUUAGUAGUACAAUGUGUUCCACUGAAGUAGAAGUAAACGGUAAGUAAGCAGUAUACAGGUGCAUAUUUUCUGGGGGCCUUUUGUAAGUUAUUUACAGUUAGAAUAGUAACAUAAUUCAAUAUUUUUCAUAUCUAAGCAUCAUAAUAAAUCGAUAGCUGUCAGGGGCCCUUUAAGUUAGGGCCCCGAGGCAGUUGCCUACCUUGCCUAACGGUAAAAUUGCCCCAGAGUUGUAACAUAUUCAUGUUAUGAAAUACAAAAUUCUACAUUUGGUUAUGAUCAAACACCUUAAAAUUCCAAUAAGGUCCAAUCUGAACAGCUUCCCUGGAAUAACCCUUGUAGCAGCUACAGAUAAAGCACAUUUUUCAAAUGCUGGAAAUCUGACGCUGCACUGUGAACGGCCCAUAUAUCAACCCUCCCCUUCACAUGACAUGAGAGAGAGGGCACGGGAGGGAUGAUGGGUUCAGGUUUGUAUAUGGUGGACUGCAUCUCAUUACACACACUAAUAAAUCUGUUGUCCACAUUGAACCUGAAGUGACCUGCUGACACUUUAUCUCUUUAAAGUAUCAAAGUCAUAAAGCAUUCAAUUCUCAUUUCACGUGAUUUUAAUGACUACAUUGUGCUACAAAAUCCAUUUACUGACUACAACCACACACACACACCUGGCCGAGCAAACACCAUCAUCCGUCUAUCAACCCCCCUGUCCUCCCUGACAGGCUAAUAAACCUCACAUCUGAGUGACACAUAACACACAUUCACACCAGCCGCUUAUAUCAGCCUGGAGGGCCGAGCACACGUCUGUAUGCAUUAGGCACACACACUCUCACACUUCCCAGAGGCCUUUUGUCAUCGGAAGAGGCAGAGCUCUGAAUCAUAAGCCCCCCGAAAGCAGAGCGGAGGAGCCCAGUAUCUGCAACAACACCCGCCGCAGACAAAAGGUGCAAAGAUACUGAGCAUCGGUCACAGCGAUAAGGCCAGAGAUCACACAAGCGAGGGAAGGAAUACAUCACGUUUCUUUUUCUGAGAUACUGAUCAGUGAGUCACGCUGGCGGCGGAAGAGACAAAAAGUUUGCCGGAGGAGGGAGAGGCCAAUGGAGGAGUGGACAGCCCAACAGGCAGGGGCUCCCCGGGGCCGCAUGGCAAGAUGGUGCGGGUGGAGCUGGAGUGGGACAUCCCCAUGUCGGUGACGCUGCCCAUCCAGGUGCAGCCCGACCCGGCACAUCGGCCUUUCCCAUUCCUGGACACCACACUGGCCGACCUGGGCAUCCAAGAGUCAGAGGUGAAGGAGAGGGUGGUGUGGGUGGACACCAAGAAGACCCAGGUGAAGAACAAGGCAGGGAAGCUGAAGGAGAACGAGAUCACCAUCCUGGAGGUGCGAGUGAAAGCCCAGAAGCCUGGAGAAAAACAGCUCCAGGAGGUCCUGUACAGCACUGAAGCCCACACUGACCGCUCCUUCUGUCGCACAGGGAUGAAUAUUCUACCCUGGAAAAGCAGAUGUUCAGGUCUGAUUGCAGUUUAAAUCACUUAAAUAUAAAAACACAGCAGUAAGUGUUACAUCUGUGAGGAUUUUAAUGUAACUAGUGUGGCUGUUACUGUCAGCUCUGAUCAUAUUCCUCCCAUCAUCUGGCUCAUAUCAGGAAAUGAGGGAGGAAAUAUUUCUGUAUUUGUACAACCAUGCCUCAAAAGUCACUCGGCCCUGCUGCAGUCAGCAGCGACCUCUCAGAUACGGGUGAACUGUCAGGCUGAAGUGGAUCACAGCAGCGUGUCAGAGCCUGAGGCAAUGAAAUGAGAUCAUCGUAAACCAUUACAUCAGCGUCUGAAUAAAACCUUCAAACUCAUCAGAAAUUUUGAGAAAAUCUGGUCGACUUUAUUUAUGUUCUCAGUCAGUGAUAGAAUUAAAAGGCGUCUGGUGUGAAAACUGGAUAUUUUUUUGUUUUCAUAGCUGUUACAGUAUGAAUGUGUUCGUCCCUCUCAUUAUCAGCUCACACUACUGUGGUGUAUGUGGCAUGUGUUUAAAAAGACUUCACUGUGUGUUUCAGGGGAGAAUGAACUGGCACCGGUGCAGGUGACUAUGGCGCUGGACCUGGAGAACCAGCAGCCUAACAUCGCUGAAGCCCAGGAGCAACGGGAGAUCUGAGGAGCAAUUAUCCAAAAAGAGUGCAAGCCAUUUGGAUUUUUUUCCCUUUUUUUUUUUUUUUUUUUUUUAAGGCUAACAUAAAUGCUCAACUAGACGUUAACUGCAGGGUGAAAUUUGCCAGCAUUGUAGAAUCUGCUAAAUUUUUGUAGCAUUUGUAAAAAUCUUCCUUGCAGUGGUCAAAAAAUAUGUGUUGUAUAGUUUGCUACUAACAGAGAUGAGACAGGUGAAAGAUCUGCUGCGUAUGUGACAGGCUGAGCUGCUGAGUAUUAACAGAGUGUACUGAGAAAGUAAGAGCUGUUUUUUUUUUUUUAGUAA